GGGUACUUAUCCGGCUUUAAAGCUAAAGAAGCCGGUUGUCAGGCCGCUGGCCUAAGCGACGACGUUUAGUUUUUAUUUUAAGUCUAACGUUUUUGUGAGGUACGAUGGCUCUUUGAAAUGGCGCAGAAAGACACGCUGUUACAUCUUUUCGCAGGGGGAUGUGGUGGAACCGUAGGUGCCAUCAUGACUUGCCCCCUGGAGGUGUUAAAAACCAGACUACAGUCAUCUGGCCUCACCCUCAGACCUGUUUUCCAGGUCCAGCUGGGCACAUUCAAUGGUGCUGGCGUCAUUAGACCGGGACCCGUCACCCCAGGCUUGCUACAGGUGUUACGGUCAAUUCUAGAGAAGGAGGGACCAAAAUCUCUAUUCAGAGGAUUGGGCCCAAAUCUUGUUGGUGUUGCACCCUCAAGGGCGAUCUAUUUUGCAGCUUAUUCAAAGUCAAAAGAGACUUUCAAUGGCAUCUUUGUCCCAAACAGUGGAAUUGUGCACAUGUCCUCGGCUGGCUUUGCAGCAUUCGUCACAAACUCCCUGAUGAAUCCCAUCUGGAUGGUCAAAACAAGAAUGCAGCUUGAGAGGAAGGCACUUGGCGAGAAGAAAAUGAACACGUUACAAUGCGUGCGGCAUGUGUAUAAGACGGAAGGUAUACGAGGUUUUUACCGGGGUCUGACGGCGUCGUACGCUGGCAUUUCAGAGACCAUGAUCUGCUUCCUUAUUUACGAGACACUGAAGAAGUACCUAGCACAGAGUCGAUUCACCACACCUGACACAGACACAGAAAAAGGCGCUUCAGAUUUCCUGGGCCUCAUGGCUGCUGCUGCAUUUGCCAAGGGUUGCGCCUCCUGCAUAGCUUAUCCACAUGAGGUAAUUCGGACAAGACUAAGAGAAGAGGGAAGCAAAUACAAGUACUUCUUUCAGACGGCGCGCCUUGUGGCGAUUGAAGAGGGAUACGCAGCUUUUUACAGAGGACUCAUUCCACAGCUCAUCAGACAGAUCCCCAACACAGCCAUAGUGCUGUCCACCUAUGAGCUCAUUGUCCAUCUGCUGGGUGAACCCUCCAAAUGAAGCUGAACACUACAAGCACAAAGAUACUUUUGACCAGUGGACAGAAAAGAAUCCAUUGUGAACAGGGAUGUUUAUUUGAAUUACCCAAAGACUUUAAAGAGCUUUUUUAUUUUGCGUUGACUGCAUAUGUUAUCAGAACUGUUUUGCUUGUUUGUGUUAUGUAAAUGCGCAUGUUGCAUAGCUACUCCAAGAUGUUUGUGUAUACUGUAUCAGUGUAUAGCAAAAGUCAUCUGAAUAUACAAAUAGUGCUUUUAAGUUAACUAAAUUAUUCGUAUUAGUUUUUUUUUUUUUUUUUGCUUUUUUUUUUUUUUGGAUCUAUGAUAUGGUAUGUGUCCAAGAGUUCUGGAGUUAAUCAUUAGUGGAUCCGGGUUUUAUUAUGAAGUUCUUGAAAGGAAUGCAAAUGAUACUGUAAUGGGGGCGUAGGAUAGCUUGUUAGGGGGCAAUAAGCUCACGUUGCAAUAUUUUGUAACACUUUCCUGAUUCAUGACAACUAGUAGCACUGGAAUUUGACCAAUCAAUUCCAUUCACCUCUUUACUAGAAACCUGUAAUCUGUUUACUGUAUGUGAAGUUGUUCAUCUUUUACAGAAAAUGAGGGCCUUGAUGCGUAUGCUGCUUUUGGUUUAAUAAAAUAAAUUAUGGAAGUUAUUUUUUUUUCGUUGGAAAUGCACAGAUAAAAUGAGCCACAUUAAUAAAUAUACCUUUUUAAGUCUGUUUGGAUGAAUUUAUGAGUGUUAGCAAGACUUUGAAAACAAAGGUAGGAGUCAAUAAUCCCAGGAUCCCACCUGUUUACGUGAAGGUUCCAAAACAUGAACAAAGAACAUGAUCUUUGAGCCUUCUAGUAGAUGAUGUAUUAUCUCUUCUCCCACAAUGCUGUACAAAGUGAGAGGUAUUUGUGAAUCAGUUAUGUUGAAGAUAAUGAUUAAGUCAUGUCACCAUACUUGUUUUUAAGAAUGUUAUCUUAUGUUAAUUAUGAUUCAACUUGUGAUUACUGAUAAUAUUUUGUACACAAAACUUUAAGGUGACUGAAAGACCUGUUUAGGCUCUUGAUAUCGCUCUCAUGACCUGGAUAUGGCCAUGUUGUAGACUGAUGCACGCUUCUGUUGCCGCAUGCACUACUCCAGCGUGUGGCUUCUGGUGAAUAACACUACAGUCAAUGUCCCGUUUUGCAAUGGAGGCGCUUAACCAAAUAUUACUACAGUACCCGCCACUUGUAGUUGGAGGUGUCGGAGCAACGGCGAUCGCUGCAGGAGGGGCGCUGAUCUACAGAAUUGCAACCAGG